UGUGCAGUGAUUUUUUUCGUGUGUAGUUUUGUCUCUCGCAGCUGUAGGGAGUGUCUCUGGUCCGGCUGGUAGCGUCCAAAGGUGCUCCAGCAUGCCACGUGUUUACUGACUUUUUCCGCCCAAGCACCGACUGCAAGGUGUGCGUCAAUGGCUUCUGCAUGGGAAAGUGUCCUGUCUGUGCACCAGGGGAUAGUGGACAAUGGAGACAAGAGGACUGACCCGUGGCUGCUGGUCUACUCCCCCGUCCCGGUGGCGCUCAUCUUCCUGGUGUACCUCUGUGUGGUCUGGGCCGGCCCUCGUCUGAUGAAACACAGAGAACCUGUUGACCUCAAAGUUGUUCUCAUUGUUUACAACUUUGCCAUGGUCGGCCUGUCUGCCUACAUGUUCUACGAGUUCCUGGUCACAUCCUGGCUCUCGAGCUACAGCCUCCUCUGUCAGCCCGUAGACUACAGCACCAGCCCGCUGGCACUCAGGAUGGCCAGAGUCUGCUGGUGGUUCUUCUUCUCCAAGGUCAUAGAGCUCAGUGACACGAUCUUCUUCAUCCUGAGGAAGAAGAACAACCAGCUGACGUUCCUUCAUGUUUACCACCACGGCACCAUGAUCUUCAACUGGUGGGCGGGAGUCAAGUAUGUGGCAGGCGGACAGUCGUUCUUCAUCGGCCUGGUCAACACCUUUGUUCACAUAGUGAUGUAUUCGUACUACGGCCUGGCUGCGAUCGGCCCGCACAUGCAGAAGUACCUGUGGUGGAAGAGAUACCUCACCUCUCUGCAGCUGGUGCAGUUUUUUCUUUUCCUCCUGCACACGGGCUACAAUCUGUUCACAGAGUGCGACUUCCCCGACUCCAUGAACAUAGUGGUGUUUGGUUACUGCGUCACCCUCAUCAUCCUCUUUAGUAACUUCUAUAUAAAAAGCUACCUCAGCAAGAAGAAGCAGAAAUAAGAUGCAGCGAUUGUGAAGCUUUGCGACUCCAUCAGCAGAAGAAAACUCUAAGGAUGGAAAAGGCAGAAGUUCAUCAGCAUUAAGACUGACAGGAAACCAGACCUCAAAAACGCCAAACUGAGUGCAGCUAACAGCAUCAGCAGACGGUGCUCCCUCAGCUGCUCCUUCAACAAAGUUAAACAGGAAACAAAUGGUACUGCGCGCGUGAAAGUCAUACAUGAUGCCCUCUCAUGCACAUGUUAAAGCAUCACAGCACAUUAUCACAUGAAAGUAUUUCUAUGGUCCCAUCAUGGAAAUUAAAAACAAAUCAUCAAAUUAUACCAGCAAGAUCAGGUUUUAAAAUGUUAUUUUAAGUGUUUCACUCCUGUGAUGUUGCCAUAGGGACAUUGAGUGAAUCUUAAGUGUAGUUUGAUUUGUAAUGACCUCACUUUAGAUACUGUAUUUAUCAGUAUGGUAUGAAUAGUCUACAUGUUUUACAAAAGUAUGUAAUUUAAUUGUCAUGUUUAUUACUACAAUAAAAUUUAAUGUAAGUGGACAAAAAGUCUACAGAAAUUAACUUUGAGUUAUAAAGGUGGUCAAAAA